AUGUCUACAGGCGGCUACAAUUUUAACAGACUCGCUGGCAAGCAUGUCCUAGUCAUCGGUGCCACCUCCGGUAUUGGCCUCGCUGUGGCCAAGCUCUCACUGGCCGCAUCAGCCAGAGUCACCAUCUCUUCAUCCUCAAACGAACGCAUCGAAAGCACCAUCCAGAAUCUUAUGUCCGAGUUUCCCAACGCCCAACUCCAAGGCCACGCCUGCGAUCUUUCCAAAGACACUGUCGAAGCAGAUAUAGAGACUCUAUUCCAGAAAACCAAACAGGUCGACCACAUCGUCUUCACGGCGGCAGACAAAUUGGCUAUCAUGCCCGUUCAAGACAUCACCCGGGAUAAGCUCAUCGCUGCAGGCCAGGUGCGCUUUAUCGCCGCAAUACUUGUUGCGAAAAUAGGCGCUCGGUAUCUCUCUCCUGAUCCGUAUUCUUCAAUGACUCUGACAACCGGAACUAUUUGGGAACAUCCAUCGCCUAAUUGGACGGCUAUGGCCGGAUAUUUGGGUGGUAUCUGCAGUGUCGCACGUAACUUGGCACUAGAUCUGAAGCCAAUCAGGGUCAAUGCCAUAAGUCCUGGGCUCGUAGCUACGUCAAUGUGGAAUGAGGUGAUGGAUGAGGAGCAGAAAGGGGGGAUGUAUCAAUAUUACGCUGCAAAGCAGCCAACGGGACGGGUUGCCAGGCCAGAAGAUGUCGCCGAGGCUUAUCUGUAUGUGAUGAAGGAUGCCAACAUUACUGGACGGAUUGUGAGCUCGGAUUCUGGUGCUUUACUUGUAUGA